AUCCACCUACGCUCGCUUCAGGUUGUCAUUCGUUUAUAAUUCCUUUUCUUGUUUACAUUAGCCAUUGCUUGCUCUUAUCCAGGCCACAGCAGCGUCGUCAUGGCGGUUAGUCCGCUGGAUGUCCCGAAUAGAGGCCCUGAAUUUGUCAAAGUAACCGCCGUCUUGACGUGCAUUGCAUUCGUCCUGGUGGUCUGUCGUCUGACAUGGAAGGGCUAUGUUCAAGGCAGGUUUGCUGUAGACGAUGGGAUCAUUGCGUUUUCAAUGGCCAUGCAAAUUGUCAAUACUGUUAUGGGUGAUUUAGCCUGCCACUACGCCUUUGGACGGCACAAAGCCGACAUUGUCAGAACAGGCGGCAACGUUGUCCUUGCCUUGAAGUACUUCUGGCUCUUCCAGAUCUUUUACAAACUUGUGCUAUGCCUUAAUAAACUUUCCUUUCUCACCUUCUACCUCCGAGUUUUCCCCAAUCGCAUCUUCCGCAUCAUCUGCUGGAUUACCAUCGGUCUCGUCAUCGCUAGUACAUUUGGUUUCGUUAUAGCAACCGUCUUCCAAUGCACCCCCGUUCGUGCCAGCUGGUACAAGCAUAUCCCCAAGAAGUGCGUCCAGAAUGCUCCCUUCCGUUGGUCUUGGGCGGGUUACAAUACGGCAAUGGAUAUUUGGGUGUGUUUACUGCCGCUGCCGGUAUUAGCGCAGCUACAGCUUGAUCGAAUCAGAAAGAUUGGAGUCAUGUUGGUGUUCUGUAUGGGGCUUUUUGUGUGUGUGACGAGUAUCAUUCGCAUGUGGGCGAUGGAGAAGAGCACGACAACGACGGACCCAACCUGGGGGUCGUUUGAUGCGUUGCUAUGGAGUGCCAUCGAGGCUAGUACGGGAAUCAUCUGCGCUUGCUUGCCGUUCCUGAAACAUCCCAUUCAGAAGGUCCUGCCUGGUCUGUUUGGUUCAUUGUCAAAUGGGUCCAGAAAGAGUCGGAGUCGGACGAGGCCGAGCUAUCGGAUGAGUCGAUUGGGGUCCCGGUCGGGGAAUGGCACGCGGAAUGUUGAUGCUGAUAUUUGCGGAGAUGAAGAUGAUUCAGAGAGCGUCGGAAGCCAGAGGCCGAUUGCGAAGAACCAGAUCAUCGUCAAGACGGGCAUUUCCAUGCACAGUGAAGCGGCAUAUCCAUGAGGCUUGCUGGUCACAGGCAAUGAACCGGAGUGCUGGUAUUGACACGUCCGAGCCCUUAUACCCACACAAGC